GAUGACUGGCAGCGUUAGCAGGAGGAGGAGGAAGGAGGAGGCAGCGAGGUGAGGUGAUAAAAAGGGAUGGAGCAGGAAGCGAAGGCAGAUCCCCGAGACGACGAAGACGCUUUGGAAGUGACUGUGACAGACAUGCCUGAGCUCCAGGAGCCUGCCGGUGACGGUGAUCAAGCUGCAGCAGCGCCCCCUGCUGAGGUCGUCACGGGUGAGGACCCUCAGCUGUCCCAGCUGACCGGCCUGUUUGCGCUCAAGCCGGAGAGCGCCACCGCCGUUAAAGGUCAAGAUGUGACGUUUUUGGCCAAAGUGGACUCGUCCACCCUGAUGAGGAAGCCCACCAUGAAGUGGCUUAAGGGCAAGUGGCUCGACCUGGGCAGUAAAGCCGGCAAGCACCUGCAAUUCAAGGAGACCUACGACAGGAACACCAAGAUCUACACGUACGAGAUGCGUAUUGUCAAAGUGGUGGAUGGCGAUGCGGGCGGCUACCGUUGCGAGGUGACCUCCAAGGAUAAGUGUGACAGCUGCACCUUUGAAGUCUCCGUGCAGGCUGUGGAAGAGCAACGGGAUGACAACAUUUUGGAGGCCUUUAAGCGAUCGGGCGAUGCAGGCGAAGACGCCGGCGACCUGGACUUCAGCGCUCUGCUCAAAAAAAGGGAGAAGAAGCAGCAGCAGCUCCCCCGCGAGGAGCUGGACGUGUGGGAGAUCCUAAAGGCGGCCAAGCCCUGCGACUACGAAAAGAUCGCCUUCGAGUACGGCAUCACCGACCUACGCGGCAUGCUCAAGAGGCUGAAGAAGAUGAAGACGGUGGAGCCCAAGAAGAGCGACGCCUUCCUCAAGAAGCUGGAGUCCGCCUACUCGGUGGACAAGGGCCGCCGGAUCCAGCUGAGCGUGGAGGUGGCCGACCCCAACGCUCCCAUCAAGUGGCUCAAAAAUGGGCAGGAGAUCAAACCCUCGGCCAAGUACGUCUUUGAGUGCGUGGGCAACCGGCGCACGCUUACCAUCAACAAGUGCAACCUGUCGGACGACGCCGCCUACGAGUGCGUGGUGGGCGAAGACAAAUGCUUCACCGAGGUCUUCGUCAAAGAGCCCCCAGUGACCAUCACCAAGCUUCUGGAUGACGUCCACACGGUGGUGGGCGAGAAGGUGGAAUUUGAGGUGGAGGUCUCAGAGGAAGGGGCACACGUCAAAUGGAUGAAAGACGGCGUGGAGCUGACCAAAGAGAGCGCAGCUUCCAAGUACAGAUUCAAGAAGGAUGGCAAGAAGCACCUUUUGAUCAUCAACGAUGUAACCAAGGAGGACAUCGGCACCUAUUUUGCCAUGACCAAUGGCGGAGAGUCCAAGGCUGAGCUAGAAGUGGAAGAUAAAGAACUGCAAGUCCUGCAGAGCAUCGCCGACCUGACGGUGAAGGCCAGUGAGCAAGCCAUGUUCAAGUGCGAGGUGUCCGACGAGCAUGUGACGGGCAAGUGGUUCAAGGAUGGCGUGGAGGUGCAGCCCAGCGAGCGCAUCAAGAUGACUCACAUCGGAAGGACACACAAGCUGACGAUCAACGACGUGAAGCCCUCCGACGUGGGAGAUUAUACCUUCGUGCCCGAUGGCUACGCGCUCUCCCUGUCGGCCAAGCUCAACUUCCUGGAAAUCAAGAUUGACUAUGUUCCCAGGCAAGACCCGCCCAAGAUCCACUUGGACACCAGCGGGACGGGGAGCAAGAACACCAUCACGGUGGUGGCCGGGAACAAACUUCGCUUUGACGUGGAGAUCUCGGGCGAUCCGCCUCCCAUCGUGUGCUGGAUGAGAGGCGACAAGACGGUGAGCGAGGCGGAAGGGAGGGUCCGCGUGGAGACCAGGAAGACCUUGAGCAGCUUCGUCAUCCAGGGGGCGGAGAAGGAAGACGAAGGAUUCUACUCGCUCACCGUCACCAACCCCGCCGGAGAGGACAAGGCCGAGCUCUUCGUCAAGGUCGUGGACGUGCCCAACCCUCCUGAGAACGUGAAAUGCACAUCGGUGGGCGAGAACUGCGCCACCAUCAUCUGGGACCCUCCCGCCUUUGAUGGCGGAGUGCCCAUUAAAGGUUACCUGAUGGAGAGGAAGAAGAUCGGCUCCUCCAGGUGGACCAAACUCAACUUUGACGUGUACGAGUCCACCACUUACGAGGCCAAGAAGAUGAUCGAGGGUGUGCUUUACGAGAUGAGGGUCUUUGCCGUCAACGGUAUUGGCAUCUCGCAGCCCAGCUUCAACUCCAAGCCCUUCAUGCCCAUCGCCCCCACCAGUGAGCCCACUCGCCUCUCAGUGGAGGAUGUGACUGACUCCACCUGCGCUCUCCGGUGGCUUCCUCCUGAGAAAGUGGGACCGGGCGGCAUUGACGGUUACAUCAUCGAGUACUGCAAAGAAGGAAGUGACGAGUGGGUGGAGGCCAACAAGGAACCGGUGCAGAAGAACCAGUACCGGGUGAAAGAUCUGCCGGUGGGUGAGAAGAUGCUGUUCAGGGUGGUGGCCAUCAACAUCGCCGGGCGCAGCCCCCCCGCCACGCUCUCCCAGGCCGUCACUAUCAGAGAGAUCAUGGAACAUCCUAAGAUCCGCUUGCCGCGCCACCUUAGAACCCAACUGGUAAAGGUGGUCGGAGAGAAGGUCAACUUGGUCAUCCCCUUCCAGGGUAAACCUCGCCCAGUGGCCACCUGGCUCAAAGACGGCAAAGUCCUGGAGGACCGAAGCGUGGGUACGCGCUCCAGCGAGGUGGACUCCAUCCUCUUCAUUCGCUCGGCUGAGAGGCUCCACUCGGGCACGUACACACUGGCCGUGCAGAUCGAGAACAUGGAGGACCGUGCCGACAUCUGCAUCCAGGUGGUGGAAAAGCCGGGCCCCCCCUUGGAGGUACGUGUCAUUGACAUUUGGGGCUUCAACGCUUCGCUGGAGUGGAAGCCGCCCAAAGAUGAUGGCAACGCCGAGAUCAUCGGCUACACCAUUCAGAAGGCCGACAUGAAGACCAAGGAUUGGUUCACCGUGUACGAGCACAACCGGCGGCCUAACUGCACUGUGUCUGACCUGGUCAUGGGCAAUGAGUACUCCUUCCGAGUCUUCAGUGAAAACGUCUGUGGCCUGAGCGAGCAGCCCGGCGUCAGCAGCAACACGGCACUCAUCUGCAAGACGGGUUUGGAGUACAAGCCUCCGCCCUUCAAAGAGAGGGACCACAGCGCUUCCCCCAAAUUCACGGCGCCCCUGGUGGACCGGACUCUGGUGGCGGGCUACAGUGCGGCCAUCAGCUGUGCCGUCCGUGGCCACCCAAAGCCCAAGAUCAUCUGGAUGAAGAACAAGAUGAUCAUCGGUGAGGACCCGAAGUUCCUGAUGCAGAACAACCAAGGCGUGCUGACACUGAACAUCCGCAAGCCCAGCCUGUACGACGGCGGGCGCUACACUUGCAAGGCCGUCAACGCGCUCGGCGAGGACGAGGUGGAGUGCAAGCUGGAGGUCCGAGUGGUCAAGGAGAAAGAAGAAAUAAAGAAAUGAGAACGGACCCGAUUGGAUGACCAGAUGAGUAAAUAUAAUUUCACGUGCUGUCAACCGUUAGUGUCACAUCUUUGUGUGCGUAUAAAGUCCUUCAAGUACA